CCCGCAUGAGUGCUGUUAUCUCCGCCUCCACGAACAACGCACACUUCGCUUAUUGAGUUUUGCUCUUAAGCUACCCGGUGGAGGAGCUCGGCGAUCCUUGCAUAUUUCGUGCUUCGCGAAAGCUCGACGGCGAUACAGCACCCGAAAUUCUAUCUGCGUUUGGAAAGAGGGAGAUAGUCGCAAACAUGUCGCACGGAAAGAUGACGCUGUACAAAUUGGUGGUGCUGGGCGACGGUGGUGUCGGCAAGACAGCAUUGACUAUUCAGUUAUGCCUGAACCAUUUCGUCGAGACAUACGAUCCCACCAUCGAAGACUCCUACCGAAAACAAGUACAGAUCGACGGCCAAUCGUGCAUGCUGGAAGUGCUCGACACUGCCGGUCAAGAGGAAUACACAGCACUCCGAGACCAGUGGAUACGAGACGGCGAAGGGUUCAUUCUGGUCUACAGCAUAUCAUCGCGAUCUUCCUUCACGCGGAUACAGAAAUUCCACCACCAGAUACAGCGGGUGAAGGAGUCCUCAAUCGCAGGCUCGCCCACAUACCCAGGAUCACCAAUGUCACAUAACUCACUCGGCAGCGCAGCUUUCGGUCCUGCACCGAUCAUGUUGGUUGGCAACAAGUGCGAUCGCGUCACGGAAAGAGAAGUCUCAACACAGGAGGGGAGCGCCCUGGCGAAACAGCUGAAUUGCGAAUUUGUGGAGGCAUCGGCGAAGAAUUGCGUCAAUGUGGAAAAAGCAUUUUACGAUGUGGUUCGCCAGCUGCGACGACAGAGA